ACAAAAUUGAGGAAGCCUACAUCUCACAAAGGAACUUCUAGUACUCCAAAUUGUUCACCAAGUUCUUCACCCGAUGAUUACAACAAGGCGUCUACUGGAUCUGGUUCUAUAUCUCAUCAACCAUAUAUGAAGGCACAAGGGCCACAAGAUAAUUGUGACACUAACAACGUCGAUACCAUAAGGACCCUUGCUUGUAAUGAGGAGACGGCUAUGGUGCAGAGGGAAGGAAAUUCUGCAAAAGUUAAAGCAUAUUCUGAUUGUUCGCUAGAUAUUUCUCAGAUUUCAGGGCCAGGUGGGAGAUCCAAGCCUACGCCUCUUAGUCAAAUUGGAUUCCGAGACCCUGCAAGUGUUGGUGCUGGACAGCAACUGACGCUGUUAAGCAUAGAGGUUCAAGUAGCAUCAAGAGGAGAUCUUCUGCCUGAUCCUCGGUUUGAUGCCGUCAAUGUAAUAACUCUUGCUGUUCAUAAUGACAGUGAUUUUGAU